CGCCUAUUCUGGGAAUCGGCGUCACCUAGGCAACGGACGGAUCUCGGGACAGGGCCGCGCGCCGCGCUACGCCAGUUGCCUAGAGUUUAGGCUGAUUCCGUAGAUGCGGCCUGCCUUGCGUGUCCGGCAGCAGCUCGGUUGAGCUGACGGCGUUCACGCCAUGCAGGACGAAUCGGGCGGAAGCAGCAGCGCAGUCCUGCCGGGGAGGUCGCUGAGUGAACCUGCGCGAUUCGCCUACGCUGGGCUGUGCGGCCUGUCCCUGGCGCAGCUCUACCCAGAGGAAGGACAGAGGGAGUUCUGCAGGAAGUUUGUGGAGGAUCUGGUGCAAUGGCUGGACCUUUGCCCUUCAGUCAUCCCCGCCAUGGAGGCGUUCGCCAGUGGCCUGGGCGGAGAAGGAACGGACACGUUCAGUCAGGUUCUCCUGGAAGAUUCGGCCAUAAAGACCAACCCGACCAUAAUCAUUCAGGAUCUGGUGUCGUUCUGCCUGCGAGAUGGUUACUACGACUCCCGGAGCCGAGUACUGAUCUCCCACGUCUCCUGGUUGCUUCGUGUCCCACCGGAAACCAUGGAACUGAGCGAGGACUCCAUGAUGAAGAGUCUGAAGAAAUAUACAGAGGAGCCCUCAGAGUCAGUGCAGGCAUCUCGCAGGAAGAAGGAAAGUCGGAAGAAGAUGAAGAGAUAUCUGCUCAUAGGUCUGGCCACUGUGGGCGGAGGGACGGUUAUAGGUUUGACCGGGGGACUAGCAGCUCCGCUUGUAGCCGCGGGAGCCGCCACCAUCAUUGGAAGCGCUGGGGCUGCUGCUCUGGGGUCCACCGCUGGCAUUGCUAUCAUGGCGUCUCUCUUUGGGGCAGCGGGAGCCGGGUUGACAGGUUAUAAGAUGAAGAAACGUGUUGGAGCCAUAGAGGAGUUUGAGUUUUUACCACUGACUGGUGGGUUUCAGCUCCACAUAUGCAUCGCCAUCACUGGGUGGCUCUCCACUGGAAAAUAUGGGAGUUUUGCUGCCCCGUGGCAGAGUCUGCUGCACGCUACUGAACAGUACUGCCUGGCAUGGGAGUCUAAAUACCUCAUGGAGCUCGGAAACGCACUGGAUACCUUACUCAAUGGUUUUGUGAAUAUUGUGGCGCAGGAAGCCCUGAAAUACACCAUCUUAUCAGGCAUAGUGACAGCCCUGACAUGGCCGGCCUCCCUCAUCACUGUGGCCAGUGUCAUUGAUAACCCCUGGGGUGUCUGUCUCAGUCGGUCUGCUGAAAUAGGAAAACAUCUGGCACAUAUACUGCUGAGAAGGCAGCAGGGACGGCGGCCGGUCACACUUAUCGGCUUCAGCCUGGGGGCCCGGGUCAUAUACUUCUGUCUGCAGGAGCUGGCACAGGAGGCAGGUGCUGAAGGGAUCAUUGAGGACGUUGUGCUGCUGGGAGCCCCCGUAGAAGGCGAUGUGAAAAAAUGGAAGCUGUUCACACGCGUUGUAGCCGGCCGGAUCAUCAAUGGCUACUGCAGAGGCGACUGGCUGCUCAGCUUUGUGUACCGCAGCUCUUCUGUGAAGCUAAGUGUGGCCGGAUUACAGCCCGUGGACCUGGAUGACCGCAGAAUGGUUAAUGUGGACCUUUCUUCAGUGGUGAACGGACACCUGGACUACAUGAAGCAGAUGGACACAAUUCUGAAGGCCGUGGGCAUUAAGACUAAGGAGUGUCGGCUGGAGGAGCAGAACAACGGACUUCUCCACGCGCCGGGGGGAUUCCUCGCUCCGAGCACUGAGCUGGCAGAAGAAACACGCAGCGAGGAGGACGUUUCACCAUGGGACUGGGAGCCGGUCACAAUGGCAGCUGACUUACCCCAUACUCCCUGCACCCGGUGCGGUACCGCGCAAGCGGAAGAAGCGUUUUGUAGAGACUGCACUAACAACAACAUAGCCGCUAAAGAUCCAGACGAGAGCGGCAGAGAAAACGGGAGCGGCACUCUGCACCCUCUUAAAGAGACAGAACACGACCCAGGGUUCAGCUGCAGUUCUGUAGGGUGAUCCAGACUCCCAUGUGUUAGAUACUGUGAUACACGGAGACUGUCCGUGACCCGUCACCAGCAGCAGGCAGGACGGCUGACAGGCUGCCCCCGGUGAUGUAUCCUCCCGGAGGUAAAGCUGGUCACAUGAUGCUGUGCUGGGAAUUUAGCACCGCUGCCUGAUAAGUGAAGGGGGCGCACAAUCCCCUGCUGCCAUUAAAAAGUGUAGAAAAAAACGCAUCCAUAAUCCGCCCUCUUUAUAAUAUCGUAUUCGGCCACAGGGGCUCAGAACAAUUGUCACCCAGCCUUCUAUAGAAUCCGCUGAGUCUUUAUAUUUCUUUAUUUUACUUUUUGUCUUUAUUUUUUUUCUAUCUAUCUAUCUAUCCAUUCCUCAACAGUGAAAUUGAAACACCAAGAAGGACAAGUUGUAAGCUUAUGCAAAACGAGGAAGUAGUAGAUGUCGCUAAGAUCUGCAGAUUAUGAAAUUUUCCAGCACCUAGCUCCAAUUUCUGGCAUGUGGGGGGGGCAUAAAAGCCAGAUUGAAAUCUGUUUUUUAAACACUUGAAAUCUCAAAAAUCUGAUCAAGAUAUGUGGAAUGAUUGUACGAUGCCUCCUGUUGUGUGUCUCGGUGGAGAACAUCUGCACGGAGGGGUCGUCUGAUUAGAAGAAUGGCGUGUAGUGAUCCAUCCUGUACUGAACUGGAUGUAACAUCCCAAGCCUAAGGCAGCAAACAGUGACUACACAAACCAUCAGAAGGCACCUACACAACAUUGGACUAUGAGCCAGGCGUCCAGCUACAGGUGAUCCACUGACCUCACUCCACCGCGACUAUCAUGGUGCACAGCAAGACGUCAAUGGAGGUCUGUCCUCUUCAAUGAUGAGAUCUACCUUUGUCUCAGAUGCAGUGAUAGCCGGAUUUUGGUCUGGAGACCAUUUGGGCAACGCCAUGAAGAAGUCUUCACAAAGGAACGUCACACCGAUCCUACUCCUCGGAUUAUGGUGUGACAUGGCAUUUCAAGUACUCGAACAGAUCGGCGUUUGGGCUCAUUCACACGGCCAUUCCGUGUAUUGGGGGCCGCAAUUUGCGGUUCCAAUUACGGGCGUCAUCCGUGAUCCG